UACCAGACGAAAUAAACAUGGCUAAAUAUUGGAAGACAUAUUCUAUUGAUCUUUAUGACAAUUCGUAAUGAUCUAAAGCCUUUUAAGUCGAAACAAAGAUGCGUAGUCGUAGUAUAGGAAUCAUUGUUAUUGUUUUCCUCGAAAUUGUGAUCGCUGAACAAGCAUUUGUGGACAAAUCAAGAGUCUUAAUUCCUGGAAAUGGAAAGCUAGAAAUUCCUGCUAAUGGUGGAAAGACGUUCACCCUACAGCCUAAUGAGCAGUUAAACCUACAGUUCCUAAGAACAGAACGUAACUGGUUCUUUGUGAUCUUUCAAGUCCAUUCUCAGUACAGAAGAACGUUGGCAUCUACAGAUGCUCUGUUUACACAUGAUACAACAGAUACUGGGUCUGAUCCAUCGGUGCUGUAUAAGCUACCUUACAUGCAUGGAGAAAAGCCUAUACCUCUUUACGUUAAGUCAAAUUCAUCAGAGGAUUAUCAGAUUGAUGUUAUUUCUAUUCCUUACAGCAAUGGAGCGCCCUUUCCUGGAGGAUGUUGCCAGACCUGCAAUAUGGAGCUGGAUCCAAAUCUCAAGGUCACCUAUGACCCAGUUAAAACAACUAUCGCUUUUUAUUUUGCUAAUGUGUUUUUUGGCAGAAACCAAAAAGAAAUCGCAUGUGAUGGGUAUCCUCAUCAUCCUGGUAAAAACCCAGAGCAUUAUAGAUUAGAGUACAAUCUUUACCAGAUGUUUCUAGAUGAAGGCAACUUAGAAGAGGGGGAGCUCUUUAAAGGUCUGCAGAUGAUGGCAUAUCCUGAUAUUAUCAAGACAAGCGGAAACAAGGUUUUGACUGUUCAAGCUCCUACAAUCCCUAAAGCGUUAUUUGAUACAUUACCUGGACAAGGGAUCAUUUAUAAUAUUAUAGUCUACGACCCAGUAACCAAGAAAGAGGCUGCAUACUCCCCUGUCCACACCUAUGGUUGCAGCUUUACAUCAACUAUUGGAAACUGCUAUUCAAUAGUUUCUACGAUAAACAAGGUUUUUGCUGUGGUUGGCGCUGUUAUUGCUCUUGGAUUGUGUUUUAUGGGUCAUAGAUUAUUCAAAUUAGCUUUGAUUUUAGGCGGAGUUAUGAACUUUGGCUUUAUUUUUUAUAUCAUUCUCUCAGAAUCAACUAGUCUGUCCCACACAGCUCUUAUGUUGACAAGUUUGGUUAUUGGCAUUGUCGGUGGUUUGUUGAUGUAUGCACUCUGGUCCUUGACGGAGUAUAUUCGCCUUUGUUUACUUAUUAAUGGUUUAUUCUUGGGAUUCCUUGCUGCUGGUACUUUUCUGUUCACUCCUGUUGGUGAUUCAGAAGUUUGGCAAAGUGAUUUUGACUAUGGUAUGGUUGUUAUUGCAAUGACCAUUGUGACUCCAUUUAUAAUGUUACCUUGGCCCAAAGUUCUGAGUAUUGUAUACACAUCAGUGGUCUCUGCAUAUGGAUUCAUUAUUGGUAUUGAUACUUUUAUUCAUACAAGUAUGUCUUACCUCGUGUUGAACAUCGUUAUUCGCGCCAUUGAACCAAACUACGACCAAGUCAUCGUUAGAAGACCCUUCCAAUAUAAAGAUAUUAUUUUGACAGUAACAUGGGUUUUCCUAUCCGUCGUUGGAAUUUCUGUACAGUUUUACCUGGCAAGAAAACGCCCAGACUUCCCAAAAAGCGAUUACUUGGAGCAUAAAAGAAUAGAGAAGUAUUACCGAACGAAGAAAUGUGAUGAAAGGACUCCGAUUCUGAUCAAUGAGCACGGCGAUGCAUACAGACAUAACGAUAUAUGCUGACUGAAAUAAUGACGAAUCUCUGCGUGAAUUGUUUUUGUUAAUGUUCUCGUCUUUCGUGAGCGGUAAAAAAGGACGGCAUUGGAUGAUUUGUGAGCAUCACUAUUAAUACUUAUGCUGCUGUACGAAUGAACCGAACCUCAGAAACACCUUGAAACUUGUUUAUAGUAAGCCGUGCGUACGGUGUGAACAGCCACUAGUUAAACUUAGCAAUUUUAAAGCGCGUUAGGGUCCGGUGUGAACGGGGUAUCUAAAGACAAUAUGAUCUAAAGUUCGAAAAUGUAAAUUUAUUUUAUACCAGAGAAUUGCUCGAAAUGCUUAUAAUCAUAAAGUUGAAUUUUCGUUUCAUUUUAUUAAAAAAAUAUGUUUUUGUUAAAAAAAUUAAUAGAAACAAAAAGCUAGAUUUCUUGCUAAUCUACUUCAACGCAUGCAGAGAACGCACUGCAGAAAGCACUUCCAACCGUCAAUCAUUUGCAAAUCCUGCGUUUCUCCUGACCAUGAAAACUCAAUGCAGGUUCUCCACUGCGUAUAAGACAAUAAUAUUAAGAAAGUGAGAAUUCACUAGUUUAAAUUAUGACUAUUGUUUCAAAGUCUUUUGAGGCUUCAAUAAAGAAUAUCACAAGGAA